AUGGUGUUCACCACCCUAGAUGUAGGCACUGUCACCUGGCCUUCCUUAUCUUCCGAACUAGGCUAUGGAAACGCCUACCUGAACAAUACUUACGCGGCCGGCUUGGCCGGUCUGGCAAUGGGAUGCAUUUUCUUUAUACCUUUGGCAAGCAUGGUGGGCCGAAAACCAGUGUACAUGGCGGCGGCUACUGUGAUGGUACUUGUCAAUGUUGGACAGGCUUUGUUCCAGAGCAAGACACAAUAUGUCGUGUUGCAGGUUCUGGCCGGGCUGGCGGGAUCUGUCAAUGAUACGAUCAUACAGAUGACAACAUAUCUUAGCCUCAUCCCCACCGGAUACAUUGUUGAAAGUCAGGGCUGGCGGUGGGUAUGGUGGUGGUGUGCUAUUCUGAACGGGGUCGUGCUGGUCCUGAUCGUAGUCGGGUUCGAGGAAACACGAUAUGCUAAGCAGAAAGUCAGCCCAGUUGUGGGUGAGGACGUGCCGAUGCGAGCAUAUGCUGAAAAUACUAAAGGCAAAAUAUCCGUUCCAGACAUGACCAUACAGCCCUCGCCUGCAUCCAAGAGCGAGACGACAAUAGCCACCGACUUACCACCGCCUCCCAGGAGACCGUACACGCAACGGGUGACAUGGCGAGGACACGCCUCUGAUCUCAACAUGCGGGAUUACUGGAAGCAAGUCUGGCGGCCAUUUGUACUGCUGUUUCGUUUCGCAGCUGUUGCCUUCGUGGCUGUGCAAUAUUCUUUGAUGUUAUGUUGGGUCGCCGUGCUGGCUACAACACAGCCGAUACUUUUCGCUGCACCUCCAUACAACUUUUCGUCAAUUGGAGUGGGAAACAUCAACAUUGCCCCUUUUGCUGGGGCGGUAGUUGGCUCAGUUUUUGGUGGUCCGCUGAACGACUACUAUGUGGUUUGGCUGGCGAGACGCCGAUCUGGCAUUUACGAUCCGGAGAUGCGGCUGCACAUGCUGCUGGCGCCGCUUAUCAUCACACCGCUGGGGCUUUUCUUAUAUGGGAUUGGUAUUGCACAUGGAAAACCCUGGAUUGUCCCGUUGAUCGGGUCUGGAUGUGUUGGGUUCGGGAUUGGCUCAACCACAUCAAUCAUUUUGCCAUAUUUUGGCGACUCAUAUCCUGAGGUAGUUAGCUCCCACUCCCCUACGUUGUGCUGUUACUAA